CAGUCUUGCUCCCCCCCACCCCUCCGAGCCUUUUCGGCCUGAGCGUGGGACUAGUCGCUACCGAGGCGGCCUUUUUAGGAUGGAGGAGUCGCGGCCGCCGGCGGAGGCCGAGAGACGGAGGGCAGAAGUUUGGAUUCCCUCAGCUCUCCUCCCCCACUUACCGAGCAGCGCUGCUACUUCUAUCGGUACAAUACCCGGCGAGUUCUCUGCGCUCUACUUUCCUCCUCCGUACGGUAGCGAGCGAGCGAGCGAGAAACUACUGGGAAGCUCCGAGGCACCCCGCGCUAGCGCCUGGGGAUGUCCGCUACGCUUGAUCCCGGAGACAGAGCCAGCCGUGCCGUCCCACCGCGUCCCUUUCUUCCGCGUCCCUGGGGUCGCAAAGGGGAGAAAGGACGGACUUCUUGGCUGCCCACGGCAUAGCCCCGGGUGCAGGAAAAAAGGAUUCCUGGCUCUUUGAACUUUCCAUCUGCUGUUAAUCCGGGGAAAACCUUAUGAGUUAUGCCUUCUCAGGACUCUGACCUUUCCGAGAAGGAGCAGGAGAAAAUGACCAAGUUUCAGGAGGCAGUGACGUUCAAGGACGUGGCUGUGGUCUUCACUAUAGAGGAGCUGGGACUGCUGGACUCUGCCCAGAGGAAGCUGUACCGAGAUGUGAUGGUGGAGAACUUCGAGAACCUGCUUUCAGUGGGACAUCUUCCCUUCAAGCCAGAUAUGAUGUCCCAGUUGGAGGCAGAAGAAAAGCUUUGGAUGAUGGAAAGAGAGACCCAAAGAAAUGGAUACUCCAGUGAGAACCAUGUGGCUGUUCCUUCAGGCAGCAAGAAUCAAAAGGAGAUGGAGACUCUUCGAAAAGUUGCACUAAAAUACCUUUCACACGAAGAACUAUCCUGCUGGCAAAUCUGGAAGCAGGUGGCAAGUGAUUUAACCAGCUGUCUUCAGAGGAAGCGUUCCCAGUUACUCCACGGUGAUUCUGUUCACGUUUCUGAAAGUGAGAAUAAUGGAAUGAAUCCUAAAGCAGGUAGCUCCAGUUACACUGCAGGUGUAUCUGUUUUGAGAACUCAGGAUUCUUGUGGGAAUACCUACCCGUGUGAGUCACCGGAGCAGAGUAGAGGUCAGCAAGUUAAUGUGAAAAAUAACCUGAGUAUAUGUGAGGCCUUCAUGAAGCAAUCACUUAGUGAUUGUAUUAGCACUGACACAGAACAGAAACCCUAUAAAUACAAUGAAUGCGGCAAAAGCAUUUGCGAUGGUUUCAGUCGACAUGUACCCCCAGGAGGGGAUCUCUUUCCGUGUCGUGAGUGUGGAAAGGGUUUCAGUUAUAGCUCAGUGCUUCCACUUCACAACGUUCACCCAGGAGAGAAAUGCUCCAGGCGGUGUCCACACUUGCAGGCUCUUCAGAGAAUUCGCCCAAGAGAGAAACACAAUAAAUGUCAUGAACCUGGCGAUUGCUUCGGUAAGAGCGCUUUUCAUCCUCAUCAGUCUAACCACACAGGGGAAAAGUCCUACAGAUGUGACAGUUGUGGCAAGGGAUUCAGUAGCAGCACAGGCCUUAUCAUUCAUUACAGGACUCACACCGGAGAGAAACCUUACAAAUGUGAAGAGUGCGGUAAGUGCUUUAGCCAGAGUUCAAAUUUUCAGUGCCAUCAGAGGGUCCACACUGAAGAAAAACCAUACAAAUGUGAAGAGUGUGGUAAGGGCUUCGGCUGGAGUGUUAAUCUUCGUGUUCAUCAGAGGGUCCACAGGGGUGAGAAACCCUACAAAUGUGAGGAGUGUGGUAAGGGCUUCACUCAGGCUGCACACUAUCACAUACAUCAGAGGGUCCACACUGGGGAGAAGCCUUACAAAUGUGACGUCUGUGGUAAGGGCUUCAGUCACAAUUCACCGCUAAUAUGCCAUCGGAGAGUCCACACUGGAGAGAAACCAUACAAAUGUGAGGCGUGUGGGAAGGGCUUUACCCGUAAUACAGAUCUUCAUAUCCAUUUCCGAGUUCACACAGGAGAGAAACCCUACAAGUGUAAGGAGUGUGGGAAGGGCUUCAGUCAGGCUUCUAAUCUUCAAGUCCAUCAGAAUGUCCACACUGGGGAGAAACGAUUCAGAUGUGAAACGUGUGGGAAGGGCUUCAGCCAGUCAUCAAAGCUUCAAACCCAUCAGAGAGUCCACACUGGAGAGAAGCCAUACAAAUGUGAUGUGUGUGGUAAGGACUUCAGUUACAGUUCAAAUCUUAAACUGCACCAGGUAAUUCACACUGGAGAAAAACCAUAUAAAUGUGAGGAGUGCGGGAAGGGCUUCAGCUGGCGAUCAAAUCUUCAUGCUCAUCAGAGAGUCCACUCUGGAGAGAAACCCUAUAAAUGCGAGGAGUGUGACAAAAGCUUCAGUCAGGCCAUAGACUUUCGGGUACAUCAGAGAGUCCAUACUGGAGAGAAACCGUACAAAUGUGGUGUAUGUGGUAAGGGCUUCAGUCAGUCCUCUGGUCUCCAGUCCCAUCAGAGAGUCCACACUGGGGAGAAGCCAUACAAAUGCGAUGUCUGUGGAAAGGGUUUUAGAUACAGUUCACAGUUUAUAUACCACCAGAGAGGCCACACUGGAGAAAAACCUUACAAAUGUGAGGAGUGUGGGAAAGGCUUUGGGAGGAGCUUGAACCUUCGCCAUCAUCAGAGGGUCCAUACAGGAGAGAAACCCCAUAGGUGUGAAGAGUGUGGUAAGGCCUUCAGUCUCCCCUCAAAUCUGAGAGUCCAUCUGAGUGUUCACAUUAGUGAAAAACUAUUUAAAUGUGAAGAGUGUGGUAAGAGCUUCAGUCAGAGUUCGCGUCUUCAAGCCCAUCAGAGAGUACACACUGGUGAGAAACCAUACAAAUGUGAUGUAUGUGGUAAGGACUUCAGUCACCCUUCACGUCUCACGUACCAUCAGAAAGUCCACACUGGCAAGAAUCGUUAAAAGUGAAGAAUGUCUUAAUGGCUUCUGUCAGGAUGUACGUCGUCACAUAUUUGGAGGGUCGUUGCUGGUGAAAACCUAUCAAGUAUUGAGAGUGGAAAGGGAUUUCUUCAGAUGGAAUCUUUCUAACAUCCGUUAAAAUGAUGACGUGGAACCAUAAUGCCAGGAAUGGAACUAAUAUUAAGGGGGAGGAAUAGCUUGUAACCCUCUUGGCAAGAUCCAUCUGCUAUAGUCUUUAAAAGUAAAUACAUGCCUAAAGAUACUGUGUGAAAAGGAUAUUUGCCAUAUAUAUACUAGCUAGUUUUUUUGGCGGGGGGGGGGGGGGUCGGGGAGGUUUCUGGAUUACUUUAACUUUUAUUUUAUACUUAUUUACAGUGACCAUUAUUUUUACUAAAGCUGUAAAGCUGUGAAAAGUGAAUAAAAUUACUGACCUAAAUUUCCUAUAACCAAGAAUUCAUACUAUGAUUGCUUUAUUUCAUAUGGUAUAUUGGAUUAAAAUUAAGGAAUAGAUCCCCUGGGAUGAAGCUUUGAUCUUCAGAAGUAAAUUUGUAUUUGCUACAGAUGUAUAAAAAAAAAUGGUCAUUGCAUCAUUGUUUAUAAUAGGAAACAAACAAUCAGUUGGAUAGAGUAUUUUAUGAUUUAUUAAUCCAGUAGGACACUAUGCAGAUGGGAAACAUCAGAUGGGAAAAGUUAAAUUUGUAGUUCGGGAUAUUGGAAGAUGUCCAGAAUAUGUUAACCUGAAAAAAACAAGGCAUGGGAUUUUGUGUGAUCUCAUUAGAAAAGGUAUAGAUGAAUAGGUAUUUCUGGUUAUUGCUAAAUGAUGAUAUUUUGUUUCAUAAGUAUUUUUGCAUUUCUUUAGAUUUCUUAUUUUGAAAUAAUAUCAAACUUUCCAAAAAAUGUAAGUUAUAUAACAUCUCUUGUAUUCCCUUUAUUCAGAUUGAUGAGUUAACAUGUUUGAAUCAUU